CCAACCGAAGCCUCACUGGUUCAACCUCGUAUGCGAAGCGUACAACCUUAACGACCUUAAAUAACCAACGCGCGAGCUCCUUUUUCUUCCCCCUUCAGUUGUCUCCUUCCCACGCCAAGGUUUCACGUCAAAAGAAAAAAAGAAAAUAAUAAUAAUAAAGGAAAAUUCUGCUCAAGCCCUAAUUUGGAUCGAGCAAUACUCCGGUGAUUAUUAUUUUCGAUAUAUCUAUUGAUUUGAAUACCGAGGUGGCGAGGAUUGGCGCUACGAUGAUUCGCCGUCGAUUGAUAUUGAGGGUUCCCUUGUUGGUUUUUUAUUCAUGCACGAUUCUUCUCAGCUAUUCCGCAGCUUUUAUAUCAGCCUCAGUUGUCACGCUUGAUUCUAUCGAGAUCUUCAAAACUCAUGAAUGGAUUCCGACCAAACCGAAAGUUUACUUUAAGUGUAAAGAAGAGGGUGAGAUAAUUCUACCAGAUGUUAAAGAAAAGCAUGUAUUGUAUUCCUUCAGAGGUGAAGAAUCGUGGCAGCCUCUAACAGAACUUCCUGAUAUAAAAUGCAAACGAUGUGGGCUCUAUGAGAAGGAUGCUAUUAGAUCAAAUUAUGUAUUUGAUGAGUGGGAACUUUGUGCAUCUGAUUUCACACGGUCCGAUGGCAAGUAUAUUCAUAUUAAGGAGAAAGAGUUCAAUGCCACAUUUCUGUGUAAGGAAUGUGUUGCGCUGGCAAAAGCUUCAGCUGCAGCUUCAUCUUCUGCUGCAGAUAAAGAAAAAGAUAAUUCCUCUAAAGCCAAACAAGAGGAAUCGAGUAAAAUGCUACCUUGGCCUUUAAUCUUAGUUAUCAGCUGUGCAUGCCUGAUAUUGUUUACUGGUGGGCUCGUAGCCGGUUGCAAGUGGUGGCAGAGACGAAAGAGGCUGCAACAGCAGGCUCAAUUCCUCAAACUAUUUGAAGAUGCUGAUGAUAUCGAGGAUGAAUUGGGAAUAGGUCCUCUCAGCCAUACAGUUUGAAUCAUUCAUCGUAAUCUUCACUCUUCGUCUGUAUAGCUAGGACACGAGCCUUCUUGUAUAGGUGUGAAUACUCGAUUUCCAUACACAAACAUUGCAUGGUCACGUUCAUAUUUGACAAAGAUAAAACAUAGGAGCUUCAAAUGACUGUGUAAGAUGUUCCGAGGUUUUGGAGCAGUUCGGAUCAUUUGCUAUUUUACCAUCACAUGUACUAUAAAUAAAACACUAGAUGAGAUAUUAUCAAACUGCCAAUGUAAAGAUGAAGAGAUUCAGUAGCAACAAGUCACCAACAAA